AUGGCUGCCCCGCCGCCGCUGCGGGUGUUGUGCCUGGCGGGCUUCCGGCAGAGCGAGCGGGGUUUCCGCGAGAAGACGGGGGCCCUGAGGAAGGCGCUGCGGGGCCGCGCCGAGCUCGUGUGCCUCAGCGGCCCGCACCCGAUCCGGGAAGCCGCCGAGCCAGACUCUGGUGAGGAGCGCGGGCCCGGAAGUGCGCUCGUGUGUACCUUGCGCCUUGCAGUCACCGCGCCCCACUGCUCGGAGUGCGAGGAGGCCCCUGCAGCCUCCCUGCGCUCCGUCCUCCUUCCUGCCCUCGUCCCCGCGCACCCCGCAGCCCGGCCCCUUUCCCAUUCGUUCUCCUACCCCACGCCCUCGCCUCCGUCUGUCUCCGCAGAGCUCUGCGCCCCGGAGGAGCUGCCUCGAGGCUGGUGGUUCUCGGAAGCCGGGGCCGACGUCUUCACCGCGCUGGAGGAGCCCGCGGAGUGCCGAGGGCUGGAGGCGGCGCUGGACACGGUGGCCCGGGCCCUGCAGCAGCUGGGCCCUUUCGACGGGCUGCUCGGCUUCAGCCAGGGCGCCGCCCUCGCCGCCCUGGUGUGCGCCCUGGGCCAGGCAGGCGACGCCCGCUUCCCCUCGCCACGGUUCGUGAUCCUGGUGUCCGGCUUUUGCCCCCGCGGCCGGGACUUCAAGGAAGCCGUCCUUCAGACGCCCUUAGCUCUGCCUUCACUCCAUGUGUUUGGGGACACGGACCGUGUCAUCCCCUCGCAGGAGAGCAGGCAGCUGGCUAGCCGGUUCUCUGGAGCCGUUACCCUUAAUCACACUGGGGGCCACUUCAUUCCGGCAGCCGCACCCCAGCGUCAGGCCUACCUCAAGUUCUUGGACCAGUUUGCAGCGUGAGAGCAAUAAAUGUCUCAGCUUCUUUGCAGACGCCUUAUCUCUAGUGGG